AUGAACGCUGCCGCAGAGGGUGACAAGGCUCUUGUGGCCUCAAAUGCGCCACUCGCGAUUCAACACUACACCCGCGCCUUGAUCGAGCUUCCCCGCGCCCCGUCCUACUACCUCCAACGUGCAAUAGCUCGCUCACGUGUUAAGCCAGCAGAUGGUGGACCGAAAUCCGGUGAAGCCCUCCAAGAUGCUGAGAUUGCACUCUCGCUAGCCCGCGAGCGCGGUAAGCGUGAGCUCAUUCUGUCAGCACAGAUGCGCCGCGGAGUGGCUUUAUUCCAGCUCGAACGCUACGGCGAUGCGAAGUUCCUUUUCGAGCUAAUUGAGUCGAAGACAUCUGGUGAAAAGGAGGCACAAAGCAAAGCGGACGGAGUGAAAGCUGCUAUGGCUGAUGGAACAUCUUCGAGCAAGAAGAAUGGAUACGGAGCUGAGCUGCCUAUUUGGAUGGCUAAAGUUGGCCGCAAGCUGGGAGGGUUGGCUGAGGGCGAUGAGAAGGGUAUUGUCUCUGUGGUUGAGUAUCCUACGGACACACGUGUACCAACUGAGAAGGAGCUUGAGGCUGAAUGGGAGAGUCUCAAGUCAGGCAGUGUGGUGGGAGAUAAGGCAGUGCAAGAGAAGGGCCAAAAGGACCCGGUUUCAUUUGAUGGAGCAUCAGAUCAGACCAAAACCGAGACCAAAGUGGUAGCAGAGGCUUCGCCCGCCGCGGUUGCACAAAAGGUUCGCCAUGAGUGGUAUCAAUCUCAGGACUCUGUUGUGGUGACCCUCUACGUGAAGGGGAUUCCCAAAGAUAAGGUUGAGACUGAGUUGAAAGAUGGCUCCGUCUCACUACAAUUCCCUCUUCCCUCUAGCUCCAGCUAUGAUUUCACGCUCGACCCUCUCUUCGCUCCCAUCGACCCGUCCACAUCCAAAGUGUCGGUCAUGAGCACUAAGAUUGAACUCACCCUGCAGAAGAAGACACCGGGUCAGAAAUGGGGCAGCCUUGAAGGAUCAGCAUCCACCACAAAGAUCGCAGACCGUCCUGCUGCGCCACCAGCGCCAGCGAGCGCAGGGCCAGCAUACCCAACCUCAUCGCGACACGGCGCAAAGGACUGGGACAAGCUUGCAUCGUCUCUGACUGCCAAGAAGUCUAAGGAAGCGACCAAAAGGACAGAGAACGACGAGGAAGGCAAUGUCUCCGACGCGGAAUCUCUUGGUUCAGAGUAUGGCGGUGAUGCCGUGGAUGGAUUUUUCAAGAAGCUCUACGCAGGGGCUGAUCCGGACACGCGCCGAGCGAUGAUGAAAAGCUACAUUGAGAGUCAAGGCACUUCUCUGAGCACCAACUGGUCCGAGGUUGGUAGUAAGAAGAUGGAACCACACCCUUCGACUUGA